AUGGCGUCCUCCCCCAGCCUGCAGAAGGAGACGGUGUUCCGGUCGGGAACCCAUGCCUACAGGAUCCCCGCUCUGCUGUACCUGCCUCAGCAGAAGACACUGUUGGCCUUCGUGGAACAGCGGAUCAGCAAGAAGGACGAGCACGCGGAGGUGAUCGUCCUGCGCAGGGGAAGCUACCACGCAGCUGCCCAUCGGGUCCAGUGGCAUGCCCAGGAGGUGGUGACCGAAGCCCAGCUGGAGGGCCACCGGUCCAUGAACCCGAGCCCCGUGUACGACGAGGUGACAGGGACCCUCUUCCUCUUCUUCAUCGCCGUCCCCGGGCAGGUGUCCGAGCACCACCAGAUCCACACCCGGGUCAACUUGGUGCGGCUUUGCCAGGUCACCAGCACCGACCACGGGAAGUCCUGGAGCCCCGCCAGAGACCUCACUGGCCUUGCCAUUGGUGAAGCCCACAAAGAAUGGGCCACUUUUGCGGUGGGUCCGGGGCACUGUGUGCAGCUGCACAACAAGACGCAGAGUCUGGUGGUGCCCGCCUAUGCCUACCGGAAUCUGCACCCCCACCAACGGCCUUCCCCAUUCGCCUUCUGCUUCGUCAGCCACGACCACGGGCACACGUGGCAGAGAGGGAACUUCGUGGCCCAGGACACCGUGGAGUGUCAGGUGGCCGAGGUCGGGGGCGCGGAGCAGAGGGUGGUGUAUGUCAAUGCCCGGAGCCCGCGCGGAGCCAGGGUGCAGGCCGAGAGCACCAAUGACGGGCUCGACUUCCAGGACGCCCAUCUCGUGGAUCAGCUGGUGGAGCCUCCGCAUGGCUGCCAAGGGAGCAUCGUCAGCUUCCCCAACCCUGGCGCGGGGGCCGACGCCUCGGACCGAUGGCUGCUCUACACUCACCCCACCGACCCACAGCACAGGGUCGACCUGGGCGUGUACCUCAACAAGCGGCUCCCGGGCUCCCCGGCCUGGUCAGAGCCCACUCUGCUGGUCAAGGGCAGCUGUGCUUACUCAGACCUGCAGAGCAUGGGCACCGGCCCCGACGGGUCACCCCAGUUCGGGUGUCUGUACGAGUCCGAGAACUACGAGCAAGUCAGCUUCCUCAUGUUCACCCUGAAACAAGCCUUCCCAGCUGAGUUUUCGUCUCCGCUGUGUGCCACCCCAGAAGGGCUCCCACUGGCCCAGGCCCCCCUUUGCUCUUGAACACCCCAAGU